AUGACUUUAAUUUUAAUGAAACUAGAAAGAGAGCACUCAAAAUUGCGGGAUAAACUUGAUGAGGCUCAUACAAAAAUACCAUUAAAAACCGAAGAAAUUAUGAGCAUGCGAACGAAAGACGCCGAUCUUAAAGAAUAUAUUUCUAAUCUAGAAGCCACAAAGAAAUCUCUUUUGGGUCGUAUUAAGGUAAUCGAAAAUAAAGAAUCGGUAUUAUCAGAUAUUGGUAACAAGCUGAAAUAA